UAUACACUUGUAAGGUAUUAUACGGUAAAUAGUUAAUUAUGUCAAUUCAAGACACUCUAUUCAAUAUUAUUAACUACUUUCAUAAACAUAAACGAUUCAAUAGGUUGACAUUUGGGCUUACACCUAUCAUAGAUUAUUCAGACCCCCCUUUCCUUAUCAAAUGGAGAGUAUCAGAUAUCAUUGUGGUGGCUAUAUUAUUCGGUCUGUAUAUUGCACUUGGAUCCGUAAAACCAUUCCAACGUCAAUUUUAUGUUGGUGAUUUAACUAUUAGUCAUCCAUUUGCUGAACGUGAACGCGUUAAUGGAGCUGAAUUGUUUCUUUAUGCUGUAUGGUUCCCAUUCUCAUCAAUCCUUGUCAUAAGUUUAAUCUUUACAAAACCUAAAUAUAAAUUAUAUAAUACGUUUAUUGCUUUACUUGGUCUUUUCCUUUCAUGUUUUACUACUUCUGUCUUGACUGAUAUACUUAAGAAUUUUAUUGGUAGACAUCGUCCAGAUUUUUUAGCAAGAUGUAUUCCUAAGGAAGGUACACCACUUGAUGUACUUGUAUAUGCCAAGGAUGUAUGUACAACAGAUAAUAUGUCUCGUUUAUUAGAUGGGUUUAGGACUACACCUUCUGGUCAUUCUUCUUUAAGUUUUGCCGGACUUUUCUACACUACAUUAUAUCUUUUAGGUCAAUUGGUUGCUUUUAACGAAUAUGUUGGGACUUGGAGAACAAUUGUAUCUUUCAUUCCUGCCUUAGGUGCUGCUCUUAUUGCUUUAAGUCGUACUGAGGAUUAUAGACAUCAUUUUGUUGAUGUAAUAAUUGGGAGUUUAGUUGGAUUGGUCAUUGCUUCUUGGUCAUAUUUCCGAUUAUUCCCUUCAUUGUAUCAUCAUAAAUCAUAUUAUCCGAUAUUAAUCAACAAACAAGAACAAGACACACUUGAUGAUUAUGAUGAUGAUACAAGUACAACUUCGAAUAUUCCUAUAACUGCUGCUGGUGCUACGGAAUUACCUUAUACAAGAAUUGGUAAUGCUGUCUGAUUUUAAUUACGAAUUUUUAUUAUCUAUAUAUAAAUAUAUUUAUGUA